UUAUGUGAAACUUAUCUAAUCGGUCACUUCCUCUUAGGGAUAAUCAGUCAUCGGUCGGGAUUCUAAUGCAACGUGGGGAGUAUUUAUAGGGUAGCCUCAGAACCACACUGAUGAUCGUAGUGUGUUACCUCUACGGGUUUUCUCCGUCGGUGUCGGCUCUAUUGGCCUUGGCCACGUACCAGAGGAUGAGGCGUGGGCGGAAAGAGAAGGAAAGGGGCAAUCGAAGCCUUUCGCGCAGCGAUGUUGCUAAUGCUACGGUUCCCUUCUCCCUUCGUUAGCCUCGUGGUACUGCAUGCAUCUACCCAGUAUAUUAGUCGACGUCCGAUCCUUGACACCGACAACACUGGCAGAUCUUGAGGUGAAGGCAAUUACUGGCAAUCGCUCACUAUCCACCUAGUACCUAGGUCCCAGACAACCCUAACAUCAUGGCGCCCAUGGUCGAGGAUUACGUUCCGGUGUCCGUGGCUUCUAUCACUCAGGAGCAAGCUAAACCCGCGGCCUCGCUGACACGGCGGGGAAUUCACGUCCCCUCAUCAGACUGGACGGCGCAAAUUCAUCCCCUACACGAGAAGGUUAUCGCCGAGGUGGAUGGGUACUUUCUCCAGCACUGGCCGUUCCCCAAUGGAAAAGCACGCAGAAAGUUUGUGGCGGCAGGUUUCUCGCGAGUAACAUGUCUCUAUUUCCCCAAGGCACUGGAUGAUCGGAUUCACUAUGCGUGUCGGUUACUGACACUGCUCUUCCUGGUGGAUGACAUCCUCGAACACAUGUCUCUCGAGGACGGUCGCGCCUACAACGAAAGGUUGAUGCCACUAUUUCGGGGGACCGUCCUUCCAGAUCGUAGCAUUCCCGUUGAAUGGAUUGGCUACGACCUCUGGGAAUCGAUGCGUGAAAAGGAUAGGGACAUGGCUGACGAAAUCAUGGAGCCUGUGUUCACCUUUAUGCGUGCGCAGACAGAUCCCGCGCGUCUGACUGAGAUGGGACUUGGCAAGUAUCUUGAGUAUCGUGAAGCCGACGUUGGCAAGGCCCUCCUCGCCGCUCUGAUGCGGUUCUCUAUGGCUCUCACGGUGCCAGCCUCAGAUCAAGAGAUGGUUCGUCCCGUCGACCGGAACUGCUCCAAGCAUCUCUCCGUCAUUAAUGAUAUCUGGUCAUACGAGAAAGAAGUAUUGGCUGCUCAGACUCUCCACGAAGAAGGCGGGAUGCUAUGCACGGCGGUAGCUGUACUAGGCAAAGAGGCUGAGAUCAGUACCGAUGCCGCGAAACGGGUUCUCUACCAUUUGUGCAGAGAGUGGGAGAUUGAGCAUCAGAUAUUGGUGGCUGGUAUUCUAGCACGGAAGGAUACACCGGUGCUAAGGGCGUAUCUACAGGGUCUCGAGUUGCAGAUGAGCGGGAACGAGCUUUGGAGUAAGACGACUUUGAGAUACGUGCAGCCAAAGGAUUGAUUUGUUUGUCUAGGGUGAAUUUGGAGUUUGAUUGUUUUGAUACUGAUACUAGAAUACGUACGACUGUACCUGAAUAGAUUUUGG